CCCAGUGCAGCUCGCCUCUGUCGCUUCGGAGGGACGGAGUGGUGGGCCCUGCGUGGUGAGCGGAUCAGAGGCGGCUCCACAACAAACUAAGGAGAGUUUAGGAGAAGGUUACGCGAAAUGGAAAUGGCGUAGAUUACGGAGGGGAAGAUUUGAGGGGCUUAAAGCACAGUCGUCUCUGUUCUUUGCAAAAGUCUGAGGCUUUCUAGGCUUCCUCUCGUUGCCUCCAUCUUGCUCUGCGUAGGUUUUUUUGGUAGUAGUAGCUUUGAUUCUCUUGGUUGAUUCCAGAAUCCUCUGCACUUCAGCCCCUUGCUGGAAUACCAUGCCGAGACCCCAGAAGAGGCUGGCUGGGGAUGCUGGCCCAGACAAGAAGGGGCUAUUGGGAAAACGUACCAAAACUGAGGAUGCAGGUGAGGUAUCAGCUAAGGUGGAGAACUCCAGCCCUCAGAAGAUUUCAGCCUCUAAAAACUCUGUGAAGAAGCUAAGUAGCUACUGGCUGAUGAAGUCAGAGCCAGAGAGCCGAUUAGAGAAAGGUGUAGAUGUGAAGUUUGGCAUUGAGGAUCUCAAAGCACAGCCUAAGCAGACAACAUGCUGGGAUGGUGUUCGCAACUACCAGGCUCGGAACUUCCUCAGGGCCAUGAAGCUGGAAGAAGAAGCUUUCUUCUACCAUAGCAACUGCAAAGAGCCAGGCAUCGCAGGACUUAUGAAGAUUGUGAAGGAGGCUUACCCAGACCACACACAGUUUGAGAAAAACAAUCCCCAUUAUGAUCCAUCCAGCAAAGAGGACAACCCCAAAUGGUCCAUGGUGGAUGUACAGUUUGUUCGGAUGAUGAAGCGUUUCAUCCCCCUGGCUGAGCUCAAAACCUAUCAUCAAGCUCACAAAGCUACUGGUGGCCCCUUAAAAAAUAUGACUCUUUUCACUCGCCAGAGACUGUCAAUUCAGCCCCUGACCCAAGAAGAGUUUGAUUUUAUUUUGAGCCUGGAGGAAAAGGAACCAAGUUAACUGAGACACUGUUGCUGGAAUGGGCAAGACAUUACUUCAAAGAAGUCAAGCUUUUUUAAGACAAAAGAAGGUGUGAGGCGGCUUGCUUGUUAUGUUUACCUGGCCUUGUAUACAUAGGUGGGUUUGUGUACUUUUUUCAAUAAAACAUUAACAUCAAAGUUGAAA